UCAAACAUUACAGGGUGACAGAACAUGAUCAAACAGUACAGGGAGACAGUACAGGAUCAAACAUUACAGGGAGACAGAAAAAGAUCAAACAUUACAUGGAGACAGAACAGGAUCACUGACGGGUCUGCCAACGGCGCCCCUUACAAAAAAGGUGAGAUACAGGUAGACAGAACAGGAUCAAACAUUGCAUGGAGACAGAACAGGAUCGCUGACGGGUCUGCCAACGGCGCCCCUUACAAAAAAGGUGAGAUACAGGUAGACAGAACAGGAUCAAACAUUGCAUGGAGACAGAACAGGAUCGCUGACCGGUAUGGCAACGGAGCCCCUUACAAAAAAGGUGAGAUACAGGUAGACAGAACAGGAUCAAACAUUGCAUGGAGACAGAACAGGAUCGCUGACGGGUAUGGCAACGGCGCCCCUUACAAAAAAGGUGAGAUACAGGUAGACAGAACAGGAUCAAACAUUGCAUGGAGACAGAACAGGAUCGCUGACGGGUCUGCCAACGGCGCCCCUUACAAAAAAGGUGAGAUACAGGUAGACAGAACAGGAUCAAACAUUGCAUGGAGACAGAACAGGAUCGCUGACGGGUAUGGCAACGGAGCCCCUUACAAAAAAGGUGAGAUACAGGUAGACAGAACCGGAUCAAACAUUGCAUGGAGACAGAACAGGAUCGCUGACGGGUCUGCCAACGGCGCCCCUUACAAAAAAGGUGAGAUACAGGUAGACAGAACAGGAUCAAACAUUGCAUGGAGACAGAACAGGAUCGCUGACGGGUAUGGCAACGGAGCCCCUUACAAAAAAGGUGAGAUACAGGUAGACAGAACCGGAUCAAACAUUGCAUGGAGACAGAACAGGAUCGCUGACGGGUCUGCCAACGGCGCCCCUUACAAAAAAGGUGAGAUACAGGUAGACAGAACAGGAUCAAACAUUGCAUGGAGACAGAACAGGAUCGCUGACGGGUAUGGCAACGGAGCCCCUUACAAAAAAGGUGAGAUACAGGUAGACAGAACAGGAUCAAACAUUACAGGGAGACAGAACCGGAUCAAACAUUACAGGGAGACAGAACAGGAUCAAACAUUACAGGGAGACAGAACCGGAUCGCUGACGGGUCUGCCAACUUUCGGCGGCCCUUACAAAAAAAGGUGAGAAACAGGUAAACGUGGAGAGGGCGGGAGUGAGUAAAAAA